AUGUCGGUGUUUGUAUUUGAGUGUGUACUGGGUGUGCAGCCCUCAGCUUACAGCUCGAAGAAGAGGUCUCGGUGCUGGCACCUCACUGCCCCACCGAAGCCGACCACAGUCACUCCUUUCAACACUUUCACUCCUUCAUUUGUUCGUUCGUCCUUCUCGGUUUCCCUCCCAACAAACCCCUUCUUUUCUUCUCCUCGCCCCCCUUUCCUUCUAUUCUUCCCGCCCAACUCUUCCAAGUCCAAGAUGCCGCGCAUCCCCUCUCGCGAAGAGCCAUACCACUCUGUGGCCAAGUGCAACCGUCACUGGAAGACCAAGCGCGAGUUUGUCACAAAGGCCGCCAACAAGGCGUCGCACGUCGACGGCAGCCACUACCUGCUCGUUUGCGUCACCCCAAAGGGCAACAUUGAGGUGCACGCCAGUGAGCACUUUUUCGACGACGCCAGCCAGACCCGACUUGACGGGGUCAUCAACUGGGAAGUCUUACGCCGACGCGCCACCACUAUCCAGUCCAAGAACGAGGAGCGGUGGUCUGAGAUUGAGCGCCAGGAAAAGCGCUUCGGCGUUGAAGGCGAGGACGGCGAGGACGAGGCUGCCGAUGAUGACGACGUUGCCAGCAGCAAGGGUGCUCGCAGCCACCGCGGUAGCACCGUCGACUUUGACCCCUCGCUCAUGGACGCCACAGGUGUUGAUGUGGCGGCUGCCCAGGGCCGUCACACCCCUGCACCUGGACAGCAUGUCUUCUCCGCCGCCAAGGCUUCUCCCCUGCGUCCCAUUGCCGCCCUCACUAUCAAUCCCAUGAUGCUUGAGUCUGUCUACGUCGACCGGUUUACCAACCUCGGACAGACAGUCUGCGCCAACAUUCUCAAGGCUUGGAUCAAGGUCGUCGAGCCCAAGAAGCAGACCAAGUACCCCUACAAGAACAAGCGUGGGGAUGAGGGUAAGGCCCCUCCUUGGUGGCCUGUCGGUAUGCGCCACAUCGAGCCUGACCAUCUCCACAAGGAGGAGCGGCCGCGUCUCCUGGCGAGCAUUAUCCAGCAGGCGAGCCGCCCUCGCGCUGAGGGUUCCGCGGCCAUUGCUGCGGCGACCGCUCCGGACCUCCGCGAGCUCACCAUCUCUCGCCUGCACUUUGCCACUGCUGAGAUCUCGUCGUCCAUUCCUCCGCGUCAGCACUACGAGCUCCGCCAGAUCUACCUCAUCGCCAAGGAGGUCCGCAAGGCCAACGAAGACAAGGUUCGCGAGCAGCGCGCCCGCGGGAUCAAGAUUGAGGACCGCAACGCCCAUCUCUGGACCGAGAUGACUGUCGAGUUCUUUGAGAAGCCCCCUGUUGGUGGUGUGCACCCUGCUGCCAAGCGCAGCUACGACGCCACGGGCAUGGGCCUCGCGUUUGAACCUAUGGCCGACAACAAGGAGAAUGUCGACUUUGAGCGCCACAUCAAGCGCGGCAAGCACAUGUCGAGCCCACUCAACGACCUCCACCACCAGCACGUCGCGACUCCAUUGGCUGCUCACCACAACGUCUACGCCGUGCCCAGCUACGGUAUUGAGCCGCACACUCCGCACACGCCUUAUGGCGGGGGCUGGACCGUGGCUCCCAUCUCGAUCCCUCCUGUCCAGGCUGCUACCCCUACGUCUGCUCCACCCACCGCUCACCUCGUGAGCGGUGGCCACCAGGCUCAGCAGCAGCAGGCUUACUACCGUGCAGCCAUGGCCACCGAGAUCUCGCACAGCUACCCUGCCAGCAACGCUUCGUACACUCCUCCGCAGUCGCAGCAGACUCUGCACUCGACUUCGGCGCCCGGCCCUGCGUCUGCGGGCACCACGCCUGCGUAUGGCAGCACGCAGAGCUACUCGUACCACCUCAACUACUCGAGCUCUACCCCUGCCACAUCUGCAACCCUGUACACGGCUGGCAGCACGCCGCCCGGGUACGGCGCAUACGGGCCGUACGAGCAGCAGGCCUUUGUCAACGACAUUGCGGGCCUCUCGGCGUAA